AUGGUGCUCUCCAAAUAUACCUAUGUCUUCGUCAUCGGCACGUUCUUUGCCAUGCUCGAUGCCUACAACAAUGGUGCUAACGAUGUUGCAAACGCCUGGGCUACGAGUGUCUCUUCGCGAUCCAUCUCGUACCGACAAGCCAUGGUCUUCGGCACAGUAUUCGAGAUGCUCGGCGCCAUCACUGUAGGUGCACGAACGGCUGAUACCAUCAAGAACGGCAUCAUUCCAAACUCCGCUUUCAAGGGCGACGCCGGUGUGCAAAUGCUUGCGUUCACCUGUGCGCUCGCAGCUGCUUCCUCCUGGGUCAUGUGGUGUACUAAACACUCCGCUCACGUCUCAUCAACAUAUUCCCUCAUCUCAGCAGUCGCUGGUGUCGGCGUUGCAACUGUCGGAGCCUCCCAAGUCCAAUGGGGCUGGAAUAAUGGCAAAGGAAUGGGUGCCAUCUUCGCGGGAUUAGGCAUGGCUCCUGUGAUCUCUGCUGGCUUCGCCGCAACCAUCUUCAUGCUCAUCAAGAUCGUGGUCCACCUUCGCAAGAACCCCGUCCCAUGGGCCGUCUAUACCGCACCCUUCUGGUUUCUCAUCGCUGGUACCAUCUGCACGCUUUCCAUCGUCUACAAAGGGUCUCCUAACCUCAAAUUGAACAAAAAGCCAGGAUGGUACGUUGCCUCCGUCACUAUGGGCACAGGCGCUGGCGUCUGUGUCCUGUCGGCCAUCUUCUUUGUGCCCUUCAUCUACGCAAGGAUCAUCAAGAAGGACUACACCGUCAAGUGGUACAUGUUCCUCAUGGGCCCUCUGCUCCUUACACGGCAAACCCCUGCCGAUGCUCAAGAGGCCAAGGUCCCCAACUACGCCGUCAUCCAGGAGGACGACGAUCUGUCUAACCCCACAUCCCUCAGCGACUACGACCCCAAAUCCGAGGGCAAAGAUGCCAUCGCCCCACCUGUCGAUCAGGAGAAGAUUGCCGUCGCUGCUGAGAGUAAACAACUGGCCUACAAGACGCAGCCCACAUAUAAAGAGCUCAUGGCCGCGGGCGACGACAAGCUACGCCAGAAGCUCUUGAAGAAGCGCGGUCCCCUUGGUUGGGCUAUGCGCACACUCCGCGACAACCCUAUGGGCGCUGGCGAGCUUUACGAGUUCCACAACAUGAAGAUUGUCGCCAAGCGCAUCCCCGCCUACGUUGUUUGCGGCGCGCUCUAUGGUCUUCACUAUGAUAUUCACGCUGCUCAGACUGGCCACUCUGGCACCCCAGAGGGUGAUCGCAUGGCGCGAGUCUACUCACACGCAAAGAAGUACCCCAACGAAGUGGAGCAUACCUACUCUUUCGUCCAGGUCCUCACUGCUUGCACCGCAUCUUUCGCGCACGGUGCCAACGACAUUGGAAACUCGGUCGGUCCCUGGGCGGUCAUCUACGGAGCAUGGUCUACUGGAAGUGCCGCUGCUGCCAAGGCUCCAGUACCCAUCUGGCAACUCGCUGUUCUCUCUUUGGUCAUCUCGUUAGGCCUGAUCACCUAUGGUUACAACAUCAUGAAGGUCAUGGGUAACAAAAUCACAUACCACUCGCCAAGUAGAGGUUGCUCGAUGGAGAUGGGCGCCGCUAUCACUGUCCUCCUGUUCUCUCAGUUCUCUCUCCCCGUCUCAACCUCGAUGUGUAUUACGGGAGCUACCGUCGGUGUAGGCCUUUGCAACGGCACCUUGAAGGCAGUCAACUGGCAGCGAGUUGGUCUCCUUCUCCUCGCCUGGCUUCUCACAAUCCCUAUCGCUGGUACCCUCGGAGGCGUUACCAUGGGUCUAUUCCUCAAUGCUCCUCACUUCUCUUCCUAG